GAAAAACCGAAAAUGUUUGCGAAAGACGCGGAAAUCGAUUUAAACCUCGUUAUUAAAAAAUUAAACGAAAUUAUGGCAGCGAGAGGUAAAAAACGCACCGAUCGUCGAGAACAAAUCGAGUUAUUACACGAAUUAGUCGCAAUAACGGAACAACACGGUCUAGGAGCCGCAAUUUGCGUCAAAAUCAAAUUCGCAAUCGUUUCCGCAAUUUUCGAUUACAAUCCCAAAGUAUCCGACGCGAUGAAACCCGAGUAUUGGAACAAGUUACUCGAGCGCAUGUCGGAGAUGCUCGAUAUUCUUAAAGACCAAGACAUUUUUAUUUCCGAGUCGAUUACCGAGGAGAUGGAGAAUUUUGAAACGGCGCCUUUCAAGAUUCGAGGUUGCGUUUUAACGAGUUUGGAGCGUUUAGAUGACGAGUUUAUUAAGUUAUUGAAGGAGUGCGACCCGCAUAGUAACGAAUACGUUGAAAGAUUAAAAGAUGAAGGGAAAGUUGCGAUGAUUAUCGAUAAAGUUCAAUGUUAUUUGGAGAAAUACAAUAAUAACUCGGAGUUGUGUCGGAUUUAUUUGAGAAAAAUCGAACAUUUGUAUUACAAGUUUGACCCGAGAGUGCUUAAAAAGAAAAGUGGGGAGCUUCCAAGUGAUACCGCAACUUCCGUACAAGAAAUGGAUAAAUUAUGCAAAUACAUUUACGCUAAAGAUAGCACGGAUCGUUUAAGAACUCGCGCAAUUUUAUCCCACAUUUACCACCACGCUUUACACGACGGUUGGUUCCAAGCUCGCGAUUUAGUUUUGAUGUCGCAUCUCCAAGAAACGAUCCAACACUCCGAUCCAUCGACUCAAAUCCUUUAUAAUCGUAUGAUGGCGCAUUUGGGGCUAUGCGCGUUUAGACACGCUAAUAUAAAAGACGCCCACAGCUGUUUAGUCGAUUUAAUGAUGACGGGGAAGCCCAAAGAGUUACUCGCGCAAGGGUUACUCCCCCAACGGCAACACGAGCGUAGCAAGGAGCAAGAAAAAAUCGAAAAACAGCGCCAAAUGCCGUUCCAUAUGCACAUUAAUUUGGAGUUAUUAGAAUGCGUUUAUUUAGUUUCAGCGAUGUUAAUCGAAAUCCCUUACAUGGCCGCGCACGAGUUUGACGCGAGAAGAAGGAUGAUUUCAAAAACUUUUUAUCAACAACUACGAAGCUCCGAGCGUCAAUCCCUAAUUGGCCCCCCUGAGAGUAUGAGAGAACACGUUGUGGCCGCCGCGAAAGCAAUGCGAAACGGCCAUUGGGCCGCUUGCAACAACUUCAUAAUCAACGAAAAAAUGAACGCGAAAGUUUGGGACCUUUUUUACCAAUCAGAUCAAGUCCGAUCCAUGUUAACCAGAUUAAUCAAAGAAGAAUCCCUCCGCACCUAUUUAUUCACUUAUUCCCACGUUUACGACUCAAUCUCCGUUAAAACAUUAGCCGAAAUGUUCGAAAUGGAAACCUCAUCCGUUCACUCAAUCAUCUCAAAAAUGAUCAUCAAUGAGGAAUUGAUGGCCUCGCUGGAUGAUCCGACCCAAACCGUCGUGAUGCAUCGCAGCGAACCGUCGCGAUUACAAUCUUUGGCACUCCAAUUGGCCGAUAAAAUCAACAAUUUCGUUGAUUCGAACGAGCGAAUUUUGGAAACGAAACAAGGUAACUUCUUUUUGAGGGGACCCAAUCAAGGUAACUUUAGAGGGGAUCGCCAAAACUUUGGCAGAUCGAACCAACAGGAAUGGGGCAGAAAUCGGCGCGAAAAUAGAAAUCGCGAUUAUAAUUAAAAAAGAAUUGUUUAAUAAUGUUUUAAAUAAAAAUUAAUUCAUUAAUAAUAAAUAUAA